CUUUGCCUUGCCCGCCUUGCCCCAUUUGCUCACAAGCGGCUGAAUUUCUUCCGGCGGGCUUCGGGAGAUUUGACUGGAGGGCUCGGCGAGGAAUCUACGCUGACGCGCGGGAAUCACCGGCCGAGCAGGGCGCACCGGGAGGGGGGGCGCCUGUUCUUGAAAACAUGUCGGGAGAUAUACCAUUAAACAUCAAUAUCAAAGAGCCUCGCUGGGAUCAAACCACAUUUGUUGGACGCGCUAGCCACUUCUUCACUGUUACUGAUCCUAGGAAUAUAUUGCUACCCAAUGAACAAUUAGAAAAAGCAAAACAAAUUGUGCACGAUUACAGGCAAGGCAUUGUGGCCCCUGGGCUGACAGAAGAUGAACUGUGGAGAGCAAAAUAUAUCUAUGAUUCAGCCUUCCAUCCAGACACAGGUGAAAAGAUGGUUUUGAUUGGCCGUAUGUCUGCUCAGGUACCUAUGAACAUGACAAUUACUGGCUUCAUGAUGACGUUUUAUAGAACAACUCCAGCCGUGGUCUUCUGGCAAUGGAUUAAUCAGUCCUUCAAUGCCAUUGUAAAUUAUACCAACAGGAGUGGAGAUGCUCCAAUUAAUGUCAGCCAGCUGGGAACGGCCUAUGUUUCUGCUACCACAGGUGCUGUUGCAACUGCUCUAGGAUUGAAUGCACUCACAAAGCAUGUUUCACCACUUAUAGGACGUUUUGUUCCUUUUGCUGCUGUAGCUGCUGCAAACUGUAUUAAUAUCCCAUUAAUGAGGCAAAGGGAACUAAAGUAUGGUAUUCCCAUUACAGAUGAAAAUGGGAACAGACUGGGUGAAUCAUCCAAAGCUGCUCAACAGGCCAUUGUACAAGUUGUGGUUUCAAGGAUCCUCAUGGCUGCUCCAGGAAUGGCCAUUCCCCCCUUCAUAAUGAAUACUUUGGAAAAGAAGGCAUUUUUAAAGAGGUUCCCAUGGAUGAGUGCCCCCAUUCAAGUAGGAUUAGUGGGUUUCUGCUUGGUGUUCGCAACACCUCUGUGCUGUGCAUUAUUUCCACAGAAAAGUUCCAUGUCCGUAACUCGUCUGGAGCCAGAAUUACAAGCUAAGAUCAAAGAAAUGAGUCCAGAAUUGGAUCGGGUAUAUUUUAACAAAGGAUUAUGAUUUAUAGAAGACAACUAGGGUGAUUUGUCCUACAAUUAUAGCUAGAUGAACUUAUUUUAAUUGAAUCUACUUAGUUGAAGCAAUGCAGUCCUGAGGCAUUCUUUCAAUUAUUGUAUAAUAUUGAACACUGAGAUUAUUUAAAUAUCAUGAGGAAAUUUUCAUAAUUAUGGUUGAAAAUUCUGACAAUUGUCCAAUUCAGCUGCAAAUAUUCAAAAUGGUUUACAUUAAGAAUUACUUAUCAGUCAAAAUUUUAAUUCCUUUGGAAAGUGUAACAACUUCAAGGAAAUCAGACAGUGUUAUCUUAAAGUAAUGACCUACCUUAUUUUUUUCCCACUAAAAGAAAGUCAAUAACAAAUUCAUUUCCGCUAUUACAUUUGAAAAUACAGUUCAGAUGACAAUUAUCUAUCCAAUGAUUUCUUCAGAACCCCAGAGAGUUAACUUUGUGGUAUCCCCUUGACAUAUAGAUCUUAGAUUUUCUUAUUUCACUUAUCUAAUGUUUGAAUGGGGAAAUAAUUAUGAUAGGUGAGAGGGAAAGAUAUCGGUGCUGCAGAAAUUUGAAGCUUAUUUAUUAGUUGACUCCUGCACUUCUAACAUAAAAAACCUCUAUGAAAUUAGAUAAACUCUGCUUGGAGAAACUUCUACUUAGAAUAUCCUCGGUUUACUAAAAUAAAAUAAGGUCACUAAGCCAGGAGUUCCCAAACUUUCUUAAUUCACAGCAUCCUUGGUGUCUCGGUAAUUUUUUUCACAGUGCUUCUGGUAGUUCCCAAAUCAUGUUCAGGUAGUCCUCAGUUUACAACCAUUCAUUAGGGACUGCUCAAAGUUACAACCACGCUGGAAAAAAGUGAUUUAUGACCGUUUUUCCACACUUCUGAUGUGAUUUGUCACGUGAUCAAAGUUUGGACACUUCACAACCGAUUCCUAUUUAUGGUUGCAGUGUCUCAAUGCCAUCUGCAACCAUCUGA